UUUUUUUUUUUUUUUUGCUUCUCCGCUCGCUUAUUCUCAAACUCAUCAAUUUUUUUUUGUUCAACGCUCUUUCUUAUUCUUUGUCUUUAUGCCGAUAUUUAGAUUCCGCAAAGCCGCACGAUUGUCCGAUAUUUUGAGUCUUCGAAAAACCAAGUCUACAGGUGACAUUGAGGAUCCCGUCAGUGCAUGUCAGAAGCCUCAUGAGCCAGAGUAUGACCAUUACGAUCGCGUGCAAAAGAGUGAUACCCGUCGCAGCGAUACGAGCGAUGACUCAACAUCCAGUGGCGAAACAAGUAGCGGCAUGGUGUCGACACAAUGCAGCUCCAAUCGAAGUAGCAUGGCUUACCCCCCGAAUGCGCCUCCGCCACCUCCAGAUACCAAACAAGAUCAAAACCCGCAGCCUUUAGCCACUCGGUUACAGAAUAUCAAUGCAAACGAUAUGGAGUUGUUACUGUCGAUGGAGACGCAAGCUCGCAUGGAUUAUCAAGAGGAGCAAGAACGUCUUGAUAGGGAAGCCAAAGAACGAAUGAGGCACCAAGACAAUGUGACACCACGUCCAACACGUCUCAAGUUCGAGCUUCCUUCUCCACCUCGGCCCAAAACUGGACCGUCACCAUCACGCGGCGAUGGACGGACUUACCAUAGAUGGUCAUUACCGGAAGAGCAUAUUCGGCGAGAAAUGAAAGCCGGAGCAACCAGACCCAAACGAAAAAAGAAGCAUUCUUACAGUUGGAGUCGGAUCAUUGGCAACCAUGACGACGCCGAUGAUAGAGAAAAACAGGAAUCGAAUUUGGAGGAGCCCGAAGAGAAACCUUUGGUUCUAGGUGCCAAAGUCCGAUUACUAAGACGACCUUUACCUAUCUUGGGAUACGUACGUUACAUUGGUCCCGUCGACAUGCCAACACAAACAGAACAACUUGUUGGUGUCGAAUUGGAAAGUCGAGUUGGAAACAAUGAUGGUUCCAUAAACGGUAAACGUUACUUCCAAACCGAUCCUCACAGAGGCAUUUUCUUGACCUACGAGGAAGUCCUUGUUCUGUAGAUAUUUUCCCUCGACAGUUAUUUUUUCUUCUUUUUGGUCGUUUAUGCGAACAUUUUUGGUUUUAUUUUCUAUUCCCUACUACUUUUUGUCAUGGAUAUCCCAAAGCUAAGCAACAUGCCUAUCUCAUUUCCGUCGUUUUAUUUCGCUUAUUGUGUGCAUAUUGAUUCCCCCAUCCAACCAGAUGAGUCGGUAAAAAGGCUGAUUCAAUGGUUUUGAUUAUUUCCCUUUUUGUAUUAUAACCUUUUUUUCCUUUUUGUAAUUACCUGAUUUGGCGAGUCAUUCAUCCAAUAAAGCC